UGGAAUGGUUUUCAACAGGUGUCUGCCAAGUUAUAUAAAAUGGGUCGAUCAGAUCCCCGUAAGGUUUUCUUUGCUAUGAAAAUGGGGCUUUCACUAACGGUUGUAUCAUUGCUUAUGCUUUUCAAAGAGCCUCUAAGGGGUGUCAGUCAGUAUUCUGUGUGGGCAAUCCUUACCGUUGUCUUGGUUUUCGAGUUCAGCGUAGGUGCAACACUCAGCAAAGGGAUCAAUCGAGCUAUAGGGACUUUUUCUGCUGGAGCCAUUGCUUUAGGCAUUGCAGAACUAUCAAUAAAGUCUGGAGAGUACGAAGAAAUUGUUAUUUUGAUAAGCAUUUUCAUAACAGGAUUUAUUUCAAGCUACUGCAAAUUGUACCCUCGCGUGAAACCGUAUGAAUACGGUUUUCGGGUAUUCUUGUUGACAUUUUGCAUUGUGCUGGUGUCUGGAAACAACUCAAGGAAUUUCAUCCACACAGCUGUUUUCCGAUUGUUGCAUAUCUUCUUUGGUGCUGGCUUGUCUAUGAUUAUAAACAUAUGUAUAUACCCCAUCUGGUCAGGGGAGGAUUUACAUAAAUUGGUGGUAAAAAAUUUCAAGAAUGCGGCUUCUUCCUUGGAAGGGUGUGUUAAUGGGUACCUGCAAUGUGUUGAAUAUGAGAGGAUCUCUUCUAACAUUCUUACAUACCAAGCAUCUGAUGAUCCAUUAUAUAGUGCCUACAGAUCAGUUGUGCAAUCUUCUUGUCAGGAGGAGACUCUACUAAAUUUUGCCUCAUGGGAGCCACCACAUGGUCCUUAUAAAUCAUUCAACUACCCAUGGAGAAACUAUGUCAAAGUAAGUGGUGCAUUGAGACAUUGUGCAUUCAUGGUGAUGGCAAUGCAUGGAUGUAUGCUUUCAGAAAUUCAGGCACCACCAGAGAAGAGACAAGUUUUUGCUGUGGAGAUUAAGAGGGUCGGUAAUGAAGGGGCUAAAGUGGUGCGUGAGCUGGGAGCGAAGGUUGAAAAGAUGGAAAAGUUAAGCCCCGGAGACAUACUGAGGGAAGUUCACGAGGCUGGCGAGGAUUUGCAAAUGAAGAUAGAUGACAAAUCAUACCUUCUAGUGAAUUCAGAAACCUGGGCAACCCCACUGCAUAACAAGGAACAUGAAGAAGAAGCUAAAGAUGAUGAGCAUAAACUGAACAUGAAAUCCCUAAGCGAUAUUUCAGUGUACCCUUCGGAUGUAGUUAUACCCGAGAGUACAAUGCGUAAACCGUCGUGGCCCUGUCUCUCGUUUACUGCAGAUGCAUUGCUGCCCCAACCUCGGGAAUCCAAAAUAUAUCAAAGUGCUAGCUCUUUAUCUUUAGCAACAUUCACUUCACUCUUGAUUGAGUUCGUUGCAAGGCUCCAAAAUCUCGUGGAUGCAUUUCAAGAGCUUAGUGAGCUAGCAGAUUUCAAGGUACCCCUCGAACAACCACCUGAAAAAGAGGUGAUGGGAUGUUGGAACAGAUUAACAAGUUGCUUUCAGUCAAACAAGUAA